AUGGAUGCUUGUCAUAUCCUUUUGGGAAGACCAUGGCAAUAUGAUCGUUUUGUGAAGUAUGAUGGGCGUUCUAAUGUAUGCAUUGCUACUGUGGAAGGUAAGAAAACAGCUUUGAAACCUUUGUCUUCCACUCUUACAAAGAAAGGCUCAUUAUCGGUGAGUGCUAAAGAGAUUGAAAGGGAGUUGGAGGAAGUGAAUGAAGGGUAUCUCCUAAUGGCACAUGAAGUAGAAGGGGAGCAGCAAGAGUACAAGGUUCCUAAACACCUUGAGCAUGUACUUGAUGAGUAUAGUGAUGUGUUCCCUCAAGACUUACCUCCAGGAUUACCACCUAUUCGAGGCAUUGAGCAUCAAAUUGACCUAGUUCCAUGUGCCUAUUUUCCUAACAAAGCUGCUUAUAGAUGCAAUCCUCAAUAG